AUGGUCCGUCACCAUGAUGGGUACAGAAGUCUACUCUUGAUAUCCCGGGAUCCAAAAACCGCACCAACAGUGGAUAUCUGGGACGUCACAAGAAAACCUAUUUUGGACCAAAACGGACACUUUGACCACGCAGUUCUACAAAUAAAUCCUAUGCACCAUGUUACCACGAGGGAUGAUAGGAAAGCGAUUGUUAUUUAUACAGAAGCUGGGAGAGCGUUUCACCGGCCCAUCUGGAGCGAAGUUGAUUCAAUCGACUUCAGAUUUCGAAGCGAAACGAUACGUGAAUGGCUUACAGAAUGCGAGACAUAUCAUCCAGGCUGCCGCAAGGUCCUGAAGGUAGAUGUCGAAUUAGCUGCACGCAUGAUUCAAGUACGAGAGCAGGAACCCAAUCUUUACUCAACCAGACUUGUGCCAAGCGAAGGUAUCGACUUGCACAAUAAACCUUAUCUCGUGCUCAGCCAUGUUUGGGGUGGUAUUGACUUACCGUGCAAAACGACUAGUGAAAACAUAGCGCAAUACUAUGACAUCGGCAUCGAUUUCGAUAACCUCCCUAAGACAUUCCAAGAUGCCGUUCGGAUCACUACAGCUAUCGGCUUUCAGUAUCUAUGGAUAGAUAGUUUGUGUAUUAUCCAAGACGACGAACGAGACUGGCAACGCGAAAGUGCCAAGAUGGCAGCAAUCUAUCGCGCGGCCACUAUUACGCUUUCUGCAACCAGCGCUAAUAACAGCCAUGAAGGAUGUGGGUUAUCCCCCAAGCGACAAUCGGUAAAGCGGUUUUCCGGCCCUGGCUCUGGAAGUCUUGACUUUGCCGCCAGGGAAACUGUGGUACUUGGCAGAAGCUCAACAGAUAUCCUCAAAGAGCAGCUACGGGAUGGACCAGUCCACUCAAGGGCGUGGAUAUUACAAGAAAAGCUACUCUCACGUCGGAUUCUACAUGCCGUUCACUCACAGUUUGUAUGGCAAUGUAAUGUUAUUACGGAAAGCGAAGAUGGUAUGAUACAUCAGCAGAAAUCAGACUCGCUUCUGGGCAUAGCACAACGCAAUUCAGAUGUUUUUACCUCUAAAGAAAAGAGCGAGGUUUCUGAAUCGAGCGCCUACGAGUUUGACAGACACUGGUGGGGUUGCGUAGCAGAUUAUUCGGAGCGCACCCUUUCCGUGGCCAGCGAUCAAUACGCGGCUCUGGCCGGUAUUGUGAAACAUUACCAAGAAAUGACUGGUGAUCAGCCUAUCGUAGGUCUAUGGGAGCGUCACCUUAUAGUCCAUCUAGCAUGGGAGGUAUUACGCGAUCCUCGCGAGCAAACAGUGCCUCUAGUGGAACCAAAUAGUCGCCGACCAAGUUGGACGUGGAUGUCAUUUUGUCACGGCAGUGUCAAAGUGUGGGCAACAGUGCAAUGGAAAUACCUUUUGAAGAAUGAGUCAACACCAUGGGAUUUGGGCAUCGUGUACCAAGCCCAAGUUCUGAACGCCAAUGUAAAAUGGAGCGGUCAGCCACUGACGUCUGAUCCCAGUGGCAGCACGAUUCGCAUUCGGGGAAUCAUGCGUCGCAUGUUACGGCCCAAGCCAGUACGCUCUGCUGUGCGUAGCCCAUUGCGCCUGGACCCAGGAAUCCCAGACGACGGUGGGGGGAGCCGAGAGUACGACACAUUCGCUCUGUUUGCCUACGUACUCAGUCCUGUUUUGAUAAACCAGCCGCCUUUUAUUACGACUACAUACCUGAUUCUUCAGGCAACAGAGCCAGAAGAUCGAGGUCAAUAUAUGCGUAUCGGAAAAAUGGUAUUGACAGAGGAAUUUCACAUGGGUGGGGAGCCGGAAUAUGUACCAGAGGGUGUCCAAAGGGAUAUCACGCUCGUAUAG